AUGUCCCGGCACGUAAUUACGAGCACCUCCCAGUCCGACCUGUUCGGAUACGGAGCCCACGAGGCCACGAACGAAGCCCUAAUCAUCCGCUCCAAACUCCCCGCACCGGCAGAGAUCAGCCGUCCACGAGAGCAUCACGGCUAGGGUUUCCGAUUUCAACUAGGACCCCUGGAUCUAUGAUUCUAUGAACCAGAGGCGAGACGAGUGGCCGCAGCAUCAGGACCGUCUCCAACUCGCCAGUACUCAGCCGCCGCAAUCAGGGACAGGGAGCUCGAGCGCGCGCCCCACCUGCGCCGACGCGAUGCGGGCCAAGGUUCCUCUUCCCUCGCCUCCGCUGCGUUCUUCUUUCCAUGAUGAUGCGAUGAAACCGUGUCCUAGGUAGCUUUGCGGAGCUAGUCAUUUUCUAGGUUUUCGCCGUGGGCUGUGGGUGGCCAGAGGCGACAAUCCCAGCGAGGUGGUGGCGUUGGGCGCCGCAUCCGCCUUGGCCGUCUUGCUGGCCGCCGCUGCCCCUGCCGCAGGGGGAAGGACGACACGGAGGAGUCCAGGUACAAGGCCCCGACUGCAGGUCCCUGGUUCAAGCCCAAACGAAACAAAAUACUCAAACCAACUCUCGCCGCCGCCGCCGAUGACAUCGGAGGAGCAUCCCUCGUCUACGUCCUCGGACGGCAGCACGACCAUCGGCUCCGACGAACAUCUUGAUUCCCCGCCAUCACCUUCGACGUUCUUCGACUCUCCUCCUGAAUCCGAUGACUCCGCCGCCUCCUCGCUGCUCUCGGACGGCUCUUCAGAGUCCGAGCCCAUCAUUUUCAAGAAACCCCGCCCACCCGUGCGCUCGUGGCCGGCCUCCGACGAGAUCGCGAUCCUCGAGACCGUCGCGUCGCACCGGCAGAAGCACGGGCGACUUCCCCUGGCAGACGACCUCGCCGCCGCGGUGCGGGGCCGCCUCAGCGCGGGGGACCGCCUCAGCGCCGCGCAGAUCACCAGGCGGCUGUGCGCGCUCCGCAACCGGUACGACAACACUGUUAUCCGCCUCAAACGCGGCACGAUCCCGGCGAAGGACAGCGACGUCACCAUCUACAGGCUCUCCAAGCUCAUCUGGGAGGGAACGCGCAGGGGGAGGAUAGAGAAGAAGACCCGUGUGCCCGACGCGCGCAAUGACCCAAGAGGGUUCGACGAUCUGGCCGAGCUGUACCCUUGCCUCUCCGCGGAGGUGGAGGCGAUUGGUGCGAGGUGCGGCUACGGGGCGCUGAAGAGGGCAUUCGGGCGCAUCGGUGACGACACGGCGGCGCGGCUGGAGGCGAAGCUGAAGAGGCAGCGGAUGGCGGAGACCAGGGCGAGCGGAAAGCUUGACCGGCUGAGGUCGAGAGUCGCCAAGGCGCUUCAGGGAUUUAACAAGUGAAAUGGUGAUUUCUUCAUCUUCUUUCUGUUGCUACAUGGGUUGGCGUAGAAAGACACAAUAGGAUUGGUUCCUUCGCAUUGUUUCAUGGUUGAAAUGUUAUCAGAUUCUCUGGCAAGUUUGAGGGCACUAUCAACUGCAAAGAAUUUGAAAUGUCAAUGGCUGGCAUUGAGUUUGUUUUGCACUACCAUUGUCUGUGCUAAGAACAGGAUUUCAGAAGCAAAAUAAAUUUUCCCGCUGUGAUAAAA